AUAAUGAUAUUCUGGAACAGGCAAUUAUGCAACUCAAGGGACAUAAGAGUGUUCAAGGAAUUUGUGCUUACAAGCAGGUCAAUGAAGAUCAACAACUUCAUACUAUAAAUACUUUAAUCAAUAUUACAGAUAGACUUGCAAAUGAUAACAAUAAUUUAAGUUUACAAAAUCCUCUAUAA